CUUUCGGCUUGCCGGCUAUUGUGAAGACCGCAGUUCUGCGAGGAGAGCGGCGACAGGCGGUUCGUUAAACAGCUGCGGCGGACGAGGAAAUGGCUCAGCGGGGUCUGAAGGAAGAUGAAUUGAUCCUGCGGGGCCCACCUCUGCCACCAAGGCCUUUGGGGCAAACGCUGUGGGACCGCCUGCUCAAUAGCAUGUUGCAACAUGGUGAUGCCACUGCACAGAUUGAUGCAGAUACAGGAGCCCGUCAAAGCUAUAGAGAAAUAUUACAAUCAGUUGGGCAGCUUGUAAAAAUAUUGGAUGCAUCAAAUUUCAAACCUGGUGACACAGUAGUAAUAUGCAGUGAGAAUAAUCUCCAGUUCUGUGUUCCUCUCCUGGCAUGUCUUCAAGCAGGAUAUGUAUGUGCACCAUUAAAUCCUGCAUACACUACAAAUGAGCUGCAACAUGUGCUCAAACUGACAAAACCAAGAGCAAUUUUCUAUUCAAGGCGAUCAGCAACAGCUAUCUUGGAUGCUGCCAAGAAAAUUACUUCAAGAUGUGAGAUAUAUUGUUGUAUUGAUGAGGAACUUGACAGUUUUCUGCUACAAUCCAAAAAAUUCCAUAAGCCUGUGAAGAAUGAUGUCAAAAGUAGUGACACAGCAUUUAUUCUUACUUCUUCUGGUACUACUGGACUGCCUAAAGGAGUUGCUUUGUCACAUGACAAUUUUCUUGUUAGUCUUGCUUGUCUCAGACAUCCUGAUUUUAAUCCAGAUGAAGAAUAUGGAAAAGAAAUGGUUGCUUAUCUGCCAUUCUUUCAUGCUUUUGGUCUUCACAUAAUGAUUGGAUGCUUUGAUGAAGGUGUUGCCAUGAUAAUCAUGACACAAUUUGACAUAGACACGUUUCUGCAACUUAUACAGGAUUACAAGGUUCAGUCACUUGCAUUGGUGCCACCAAUAGUAGCACUGAUUUCAUAUCAUCCAAGUGUAGCCAACUAUGACUUAUCAAGCGUUCGACGUGUGGGAUGUGGAGCUGCCCCUCUAGGCUCUGACCUACAGGAAGCUUUCAAGAAACGCCUCCCCAGUGUUGAAGAAAUUACUCAAGCUUAUGGACUCACAGAAGCCACACUUAUUGUUACUAGAAUUCCCCCUGGUAAAAAUAAGAUGGGCUCAUCAGGAGUGGCGGCACCUGGCAUUGAAGUUAAGGUUAUUGACACAGAAACCGGUCACUCGCUAGGCCCUUAUAAACAAGGAGAAAUCCUGUGCCGUGGUUCAGCUAUAAUGAAAGGCUAUAUUGGAGACGAAAAAGCAACAGCUGCAACCAUAGAUAGUGAUGGCUGGUUACAUACUGGAGAUGUUGGCUACUAUGACAAUGACGGGUAUUUCUUCAUUGUUGAUCGCAUCAAAGAACUUAUCAAAUACAAAGGAUUUCAGGUGGCCCCUGCAGAGCUUGAAGGAAUCAUUGUGAAUCAUCCAGCAGUAUAUGAAGUGGCUGUCAUUGGUGUACCUGACAAAAUUGCUGGUGAACUACCAAAAGCUUUUGUAGUUCAACAAGCUCCAGUAACAGAACGGGAAAUUAUUGAUUAUGUUGCAAAACAGGUAUCUUCACACAAGCAAUUGCGAGGAGGAGUUGAAUUUGUUAAUGAAAUACCAAAAACAAGCACUGGAAAGAUCUUGCGAAGAGAGCUACGUAGACUGAAAUCAAAACUUUAAGUUCUAUGGAUGACACAGGAUUUCAUCUCGUCUAGAGUAUCUAUUGAAGAGACUGUUAAAAAAUGUAUAAUAUUUUAUACUAUAACAAUAAAAAUAAACUACUUUAGGGAUACAA